AUGCAGAGUGAUUCCCCAGGGACCAGGGAACUUUUUCCCUGCGGCUGCUGGCCGGAAGUAGGCGGAUGCGCACAGGACACCGGGGUGGGAGAAACGGGAAUUAAGGGCGCGAGACCCAAGGGCGGCAAGGUUGAAGGCGACAUGGUUAGCACUUGGCUUGAUUCCUCCGUCAGCCAGCUUGGUCGACGACAGUAUGGGCACUGUGUAUAG